UUGUUAGUCUUUAGUCGCCGCCUGGGUCGAGGUAACAUUUCCAAACCCGCGAUUUACUUUAUUAACCGCUAACGUCAGGAAAGCCGUCGUAACAGAGAAACCGUUUCCUCGGUUGAACCAGCUCGUUCUUGUGACCCGCCAAAAACCACAGAAGUUCAGCAAGGAAGUAACCAUUUUGUGAUUUGGCCGUUUUCGGUAACGUUAUACAUAAGUUGUCCUCCUGCGAACGAAAAUGAGUGGCGGUUUCAACUUCGGGAAAGCCUCCACCGGCUUCUCCUUCGGAGCGCAGAAGCCAGCAGUUGCAGCCCCCAGCACGGGCUUCGGGAUGACUAGCGCCAUGCCUGCUGCCACUGGAGGGGGCUUCGCGUUUGGCACUCCCACCCAGGCCGCCCCUAACCCUACCGGCUCUUUCAGCUUUGGUACACCGGCAAAGAGCACAGCAGCCGGGGGAGGCUUCUCUUUUGGGACCCCCACCGCCCCAUUUGGCAUGGUCACUCCUCAACCCGCAGCAGCACCACCUCAAGGGCUGACUUUAGGCACCGCAGUAGCUCCAGCACCGGGGUCAGGGUUCACCAUGGCCACGGGUUUGUCGGCACAGACCGCCGCUCCAGCAGGAGGAGGCUUUGCCUUCGGUACUCCUUCUCAAGCUCUACCCCAACCCGCAGUUCAACUCCAACCUGCAGCACCACCAACAGCAGCCACAGUAAUGGCAACUACAGGAGCAGGCGUCCCCUCAUUUGGAGGGUUCGGCUUUGGAUCAACCAAGGUCCAGGCGACCACAGCAGCCCCUGUUGCGGCCCCUAUUGCUGCUCCGGGAGGGGGCUUCAGCUUCGGCAACAGUACUCCAUCCAACCUCAACAUGGGCAUUCAGCCCCAGACAGCACUCACUGCUGCAGGCACAAGUCAGGGUGCCACUGCUGCUGCUGCUACCGUCACUGCUGCGGCAACCACAACAGCAGCAGGUGGAGGUCUGGCCUUUAUGCUCAAACCUCUGGGGGCAGCUACCAUCACCUCUGCCCCUGCCCCUGCUGCCACUGUUGCAGCUGCAAUAACAGGUGCUCCGACAGCCUUGACACUGGGACUCAAACCUUUAACCGACAUAAGUAUCCCAACAACUUCUACGGUGACGACACUCUCUACAACCACUGCUCCUCCAGUGAUGACCUACGCCCAGCUAGAGGGUCUUAUUAACAAGUGGAGUCUUGAGCUUGAGGACCAAGAGAGACAUUUCUUACAGCAGGCUACUCAGGUAAACACCUGGGACCGCAUGCUGGUGGAGAACGGAGAGAAGAUCACAGCCCUGCAUAAAGAGAUGGAGAAGGUGAAGCUGGACCAGAGGAGGCUAAACCAGGAGCUGGAUUUCAUCCUCUCCCAACAGAAAGAGCUGGAGGACUUACUCUGCCCGCUCGAGGAGUCGGUGAAAGACCAGAGUGGAACCAUCUACAUGCAGAACGCUGACAAGGAACGUGAAAGAACAUACAAGUUUGCAGAGAACGUUGACGCACAGCUGAAGAGGAUGUCGCAGGAUCUGAAGGAGAUCAUCGAGCACCUGAACACGUCCAGCGGCCCAGCAGAUACCAGUGACCCGCUUCAGCAGAUCUGUAAAAUUCUCAACACCCACAUGGAUUCACUUCAGUGGAUCGAUCAAAACUCUGUUCUUCUGCAGAGGAGAGUGGAAGAAGUGUCUAAAUUGUGUGACAACCAGCGCAAGGAUCAGGAGAAGACCUUUCGUCUAACAUUUGACUGAUGUGGAAUAAAAAAGUCACAGUAACAAG